UCCAAGCAAGGAAAACAGCGAACAACAAGGGAGGUGAAGACGCAGGCACAUCGUGGUCCAGCUCAACGAUUUUCGCUUUUUCCCCCUAAAAUACUUUGACGAAAGUCCUGAGUUGUGUGCUGUUGUUUGUGCUUCAGCAUGGCAGUCGUCAUCCGUUUACAGGGAUUGAGGAUUGCUGCUGGUUCUCAGGAUAUUCGCAAGUUCUUCACCGGCCUCAAAAUUCCAGACAGCGGAGUACACAUAAUUGGCGGGGAGAGGGAAGAAGCUUUUAUUAUUUUUGCUUCUGAUGAAGAUGCGAGGAGAGCCAUGACCCGAUCAGGGGGUCAAAUUAAGGGGGGGCGUGUUACUUUGCUACUCAGUAGCAAAACCGAGAUGCAGACUUUACUUGAAAAAAGCGCAAAAAAGGUGGAGACAAUUCAAAAGAGCCACAAUGAAGACAAUGUCAGGCAUGCCCGACGAUCCAUGGACUCUGACGCAAGCACAAGAGCAGCAAGUCGACGUGAGAUCUCCCCCCCGACCCGCCAACAGAGAUCCUCAUCAAAUGACAAGUCUACCUGGGUUUUUCUCAAAGGACUGCCAUACACUGUGACUGAAAGAGAUCUUUAUGAGUUUUUCAGUGGUUUACGAAUCGUUAACAUGAAUCUGAUGAAAAAUCAUUCUGGAAAAAACAACGGGAUGUGUCGAGUACAAUUUUUCAGCUAUGAGGAAGUACAGGAAGCCCUGAAAAAGGAUAGGGAGUACAUUGGUUCUCGCUAUGUGGAGGUUAGUUCAACAUGCGAACAGGAUUGGCUGCGGAGAGAUAGCCGGCUUGAAACACGAGGAUCACCGUUACAGGUUCCACGGAAUUUUCAACAUAAUAUGAGGUCCCAAUCUCCUACAGGUCCGAUGAGGCUCUCCUCAUCCUCUCGUGAGGAGUUCUGUGUUCUCGUGGAAAAUCUCUCCUUUGCAGUAGAGAAAGAAGACAUGAAAAGAUUAUUUCGCCACGCAAACCUUGCGGAUGACCAGAUCUUGUUUGUUACCGCAGAUGAUCGCAAAAGUAGGUCUGCUUUUGUGCUGUUCAAGACCCUGCGAGAGUACCGUGAGGCAACAGCCCAGGAGAAAAAAUCAUUUUUCAAUCGAUGGAUUCAUACCCGCUCCAUUUCAAGAGAAAAAAUGAUAUCUAUUUUGGAGAAAAAUAGUACCAAUGUCAGCCCUUCUGAAAACACACAAAGGUUUAAUGAGAGUUCACCAUCUUUCCCCAGACAUCCUGACAUGCAGAAGGUGUGCCUGUAUGUACAGAAUCUUCCCUACGAUGUACGGAAAGUUGAGGUUAUGGACUUCUUCCUUGGGUUCAGCAUCACAGAAAAUGAUGUGCUUCUCCUACAUGAUAAUACAGGCGCAGGAAUCGGGAAAGCUUUGGUUGUCUUUCCUUCUGAGUCAGCAGCCAUGGGCGCCCUUACUCUAAAUGGACAGCGAUAUCUUGGUGCGGAGGUUGCCCUCGAAUGUAUAUCAAAGGCCCAGAUGCGGCAAUUGAGCUCUGAGCCACCUGCGUUUCAAAGUCCACAGAGAAGAUUUGAUCAGUUCUCUGGGGCUGGUACCAGCGAGUACCUUGACUUUAAAGGUCUUCCUGCUGAUAUGCCUAUGAAUGCUGGGCCUCAAGCCCACAGAGGCUAUGAUGAGUCAUAUGGAGACUACAGGGUCCCACUUGACACAGGCAACGGUUGUCAUGUUAGCGGUGGUCUACAAGAGCAGUGUUUCAGUGGUCCUACCUGUGUAAAGUUGUCUAAUUUACCAUUCCAAGUAAAAAUGGAAGAAAUCUAUGAUUUUUGCCAUGGGUAUCGUAUCAUCCCUGGGUCGGUCUCGUUGCAGUACAACAGGAGUGGAUUAACUAAAGGUACUGCAACUGUGGUAUUUGAGACCCGGCAGGAGGCUGCAGUAGCAAUUAAGGAUCUUAGUGGAAGGCCAGUAGGUGCUCGAAAAAUCCAACUUAUGUUUGUGUGAAAGAAACAUGGGUAUUUGACAUUAAGCAGGCUCAAGUGUUGUUCUUGUUUGAACCCCAUAAAUUGUUUUUUGAUGGGAGACAUUUUUUAUAUUUUCUUACUGAAUGCCAUGAUUAUUGUGCUGAAUUCCUCCCAGGGAUCAAUAAAGUACUUUGUAUUUUAUUAUGAGAAACUUUUGUUUUACUGUCAUUGUAUUUUUGGGGGUAGUCAAUGCUGUCGCCUGUAAAUAAAAAAAAAAAGCAAUUCUUAUUUUACGUACAUUGAAUUUAAUUUGAUUUAAUUGUGGUACCGUUUGUACUUUGUUUGAUACUGAACUGUCAUUAAAAAUACAUCAAGCUCACAA